AUGAAGAAGUUUUGCUUGUAUUCUUUUCUAGGAUUUUUGAUAGCCUGUGUAGCUGUCUACUUUAUUGACACUGAAGAUGAAAUAUUUUGGCUAAAACCUUUUAGCGAAAGGAUGGAAAUCUAAAAUUAUCCUCAUUAAACUCACUUUUUUAUAACAGAAGAUAAAUGGAAUAUUACCAUUUUCAGAAUAGCUGCAAAAGGUUCUCACGAAACAGCUUUCAAAAAAGGCUAUAGAGCGAAACCCAUUAUACUUAUCCCUCAGCUACUGAACUGCGUAGACUCUUAUGUCAUCAAUGAUGAGGAGUUAUCUCCUGCUUUUAUUUUGGCAAAUGCUGGAUUUGAUGUUUGGCUUGUUACUAAUAGAGGUUCUGAGUAUUCACCAAACUUAGAUAAAGUUGAAGAAGAAUAUUCUUUCCACGAAAUGGGUUAUUAUGAUUUACCUAUGGCUUUUGAAUACGUUCAUAAUAUAACUAAUUAGAAAGUAAGUGGUUUAGGUCACUCUUAAGGCGCCAACGUCAUUUUAGUUGCUCUUUCUGAAAAAAGAUUAAAUUAUGUGGAUAAAGUCUUCAUUAUAGCUCCUGGUACUCACAUAAAAUCUGCUUCGUAUUUUACUGAUUGGCUAGCAAAAUCAAAUCUUCCAGAAGAUUUAUAUAAGUCUUAAAAAUAAGUUGGAAGCAAAACAAGAUUUGGAAACAAAAUGAGUAAAUACACACCUUUUAUUUCUCGUACAAUAACACUAUUCUUUUGUGAUGGUUGGGAAAGCGAACUCAACAUGAAAAAUGUAUUUAGAAUAGCUUCCCAUGAUUUAUAGCCUACAUCUACCAAAAACUUAUUGCAUUGGGCUUAAUUAAAGAGACUUGGAGGUUUCUUUAAGUUUGAUUACGGAAAGGAGAAAAACUUAUAAAUCUACAAAUAAGCUAAUCCACCAGAGUAUGAUUUAUCUAACAUAACAGAAAGUAUUCAUAUUUUCCAUGGUAUUCACGAUAUCUUAACAACUAAAGAAGAAAUGAUGGAGUUAUACAAUACUUUUAAAAAUGGUAAAGCCAAAAAUGUAACAUACUAAGAGUAUGAAAGAUCUGGUCACAUAAGUUUUGUGUUAGGAAAAAGUGCAGAAUACACUAAGGAUCUCAUAAGAAUCUUAAAUGACGACUGA